GGAGAGUGAAGAAAAUGAAAGGACAGAGACAAAGUGGAAAGGGGGAGCCGGGCAAGAAAUGGGAAGGAAAGAGACAAUAAAGGGAAUGAAAGGUUCAGUAGGUGUAAAACCUUUGACUAAACCCCAUUCCUUUCUCCGAUUCACACGUGCCAAAACCAUUUUUACUCGUUAACCCAACCGACACCCCCUACUUCCUAGCUCCCUCCUCGUACGUGUGAAGCCAUGAUACCUGGUCUUUCUACCACUGGAAUACUAAAUGGAACGAAGCAAAAUCCAACCACCCUCGGCGUUUGCUAUAAAUAGCCCUUAACUCUCGCUUGCUCUCUUCAAACAAAAACCCAAAUCCACACACACAGUCAACUCUCCUCCCUCUCCGUUGGAUUGCGCUAACGCCUUCAUUUCCACCUUCAAUCACAGCAGUCCAGUGCGCCGGCAGUUUCUGUUCAUUUCACGAUGGACGUACGCCGGCGAUCGACCAACAAACCCACUACGCCGAUGAAAAUGGGAGUGGUUGUCGAUGAUGAGAAGGAGCCCAGAGCGUCGGAUGCUCUGCCUCUGCCUCUGUAUUUGACCAAUGCGGUGUUCUUCACGCUCUUCUUCUCGGUGGUCUACUUCCUGCUGACGCGGUGGCGGGAGAAGAUCCGCAACUCCACUCCCCUCCACGUCGUCGAUUUAUCCGAGAUCGUCGCGUUGGUCGCGUUGGUCGCCUCCUUCAUCUACCUCCUCGGAUUUUUCGGCAUCGAUUUUGUCCAGUCCAUUUUCCGCCCUUCCGCCGAUGUCUGGGCUGCCGACUACGACAAAAACCACGCCGAGGAAUUGAUUCUCGAUGAGGACGCCCGGAAGGUUCCUUGCGGCGUCGAUUGCGCACCGCCUCCACCCCAGGUGGUGGAGACUCUGGCGAGCGAAGAGGACGAGGAGAUCAUAAAGGCGGUGGUGGCGGGGACGACGCCGUCGUACUCGUUGGAAACGAAGCUGGGCGAUUGCAAGAGGGCGGCGGUGAUCCGGCGGGAGGCGGUGCAGAGGGUGACCGGGAAGUCCCUGGCUGGGCUGCCGCUGGAGGGAUUCGACUACCAGUCCAUACUGGGUCAGUGCUGCGAGAUGCCCGUCGGCUACGUUCAGAUUCCGGUGGGAAUUGCCGGGCCGCUCUUGCUGGACGGCAGGGAGUACUCGGUGCCGAUGGCCACCACGGAGGGUUGUUUGGUGGCGAGCACCAACAGGGGCUGCAAGGCCAUCCACCUGUCCGGCGGCGCAACCGCCGUGCUUUUGAAAGAUGGGAUGACAAGAGCUCCGGUCGUCAGGUUCGCCACAGCCCAAAGGGCUGCGGAAUUGAAAUUCUUCUUGGAGGACCCAAAAAACUUCGACACUCUGUCCAUGGUUUUCAACCGCUCCAGCAGAUUCGCGAGGCUCCAGACCAUCAAGUGCGCGAUUGCCGGUAAGAAUCUGUACAUUAGAUUCUGCUGCAGUACGGGGGAUGCCAUGGGGAUGAACAUGAUCUCCAAAGGCGUCCAGAACAUCCUCGAUUUCCUCCAGAAAGAUUUCUCGGACAUGGACGUAAUCGGCCUCUCCGGUAACUUCUGUUCCGACAAAAAGCCAGCCGCCGUCAACUGGAUUGAGGGGCGGGGAAAAUCCGUUGUUUGCGAGGCUCUCAUAAGCGGCGAUGUGGUGAGGAAGGUCCUCAAAACCAACGUGGCAGCCUUGGUGGAGCUCAACAUGCUCAAAAACCUCGCCGGCUCCGCCUUGGCUGGAGCUCUCGGCGGCUUCAACGCCCACGCCAGCAACAUCGUCACUGCCAUCUACAUAGCCACCGGCCAAGACCCCGCUCAGAAUGUCGAGAGUUCUCACUGUAUCACCAUGAUGGAAGCUGUCAACGAUGGAAAGGAUCUCCACGUCUCUGUCACCAUGCCUUGUAUUGAGGUUGGUACAGUUGGAGGAGGUACACAGCUUGCUUCACAGUCGGCAUGCUUGAACUUGCUUGGGGUGAAGGGUGCAAACAGAGAGGAGCCAGGAUCAAACGCAAGGCUGCUGGCAACCAUUGUAGCCGGCUCUGUCCUUGCUGGGGAGCUGUCUCUGAUGUCGGCUCUGGCGGCCGGACAGCUUGUGAGGAGCCACAUGAAGUACAAUAGGUCGAGCAAAGAUGUUUCCAAGGUUUCCUCUUAAGGAAACUUUUAUACAAGUGAGAAGGCUUAAAAAAAUCCAACUCAUGAUAAUACAAAUCAACUGUCUAGUAGGCAUGAACAACAUAAAAAUACAUAGCAGAUCCCUGCAAAGAAAUCCGUUUGUUUGUUGUAUUCUUUUGUGUUAUCGAAUUUCUAGUCAUGUAAGAGGUACCUGCAAAUUGUGUACUGUGACUGAAAUGUUUGUAGUAUAAUAUAAUAUAUUCGAAAAAAAAAAAAAUUAAUGGGAA